UGUUGAACUACCGAUCUAUGAGAGUUGUUGCGUAUAGUAAUCGUGUGCUAUUCAAAUCGAAUAAAUUUUGGUUUAUAGAAGUAAAGUAAUCUGAUAGCCAGUUAAACGGCAAUUUGUUGUGGGUUUUUGCUUUAAGUUUUCUCGACCAAAAUUAAUUAAGUUUAAUUAUUCGUUUGGCUAUUGUUCCAACGAUUUUUUUUUUGUUACGGUGGUGUUUUCACUUUAAUUUUAUUUUUUAUAAUCUGGAAUACAACUAGGUAGAUCAUUUUAUAUUAUCGAGAAUUGACGGUAGCCGAAUGGUGUGCUAAAUUUGUUAGACGAAAGAAGUGACUGUAUAGUAUUCAUUUCCGAUUGGAUUAUCCUUUCUUCGAUAUCAACGGGCAGUAAUAUACGAUACGUUAUGCAUUUGGUUUUUUUAAAUGGAUUCAUUUUGGCAACGACAUUUUUUCAAAUUGCUACAUCGGAUACCGUUGGCACUGGCGGACCGUCAAUAGUCACCGAAGGCAAGGAUGCUCUCCUGACAUGUGUGAUUAUGGCCCCAUUCUCGAAUGACACCGUAUUAUGGCGGAAGGGGCCAAACGGAACAAUUCUAUCGGCUGGAAUGAAUCGGGUAACCAACGAUAAACGAAUCAGCGUUCUGCAUGACGAAACAGCUCCGAAAGGAAAAAUUACCACAGGUGGUGAUGUAUGGGUGCUAUUAAUAAAGAAUACUAGACCGUCAGAUACAGACGUUUACAUCUGUGAAGUCAAUAGUGAUCCAAUUGCAAAAAGCUUUCAUCCGCUCAAAGUGAAAAGUUUAAAUUCAACAAUUCAACUAGAAUCUGGUAUGGAUAGUUCGACAACCGAUGCUCCAGAAGAGUCUACAAUGCCAUCAAUUACGCACGACUUUACUGAUUGCUGCCAGGCGCUGAACGUAUCCACUCAAUGUAUCGGAUUUUGCACCAUACAUAAUAUAUUGGAUGGUACAACCGGCACUGAGCCAGAGAUGUGUGAAAAAGAUUUUCCAAAUAUUGUUAAAUGUAUGGCUGACGGACGGAAUCAUUUACCGUGCUGUGAGAAGAAAAAAAUACCCGAUUUAUGUCAGGACAUGUGCCAAGGAGAAUACACUCCGUUUACCGACUUCAUCAGAUCGAGAGUAUCGUGUAUAGCGCACACGUUGCCGGCACUACAAUGUAUUUUGGAGGGAGUGCAAAAAAUACCCAGCGAACCGGAAGCCGUCUACGUGGAAGCAUUAAAUGAAAAAUCGUUACAAGUAUCUUGGUCACCGCCGUCUAAACUAGCCGAUAAAGUUAAAACCUACUCCAUCAAUGUAACCACAUUGCAUACGUUCGACCAAGACGCAUUGAGUAAUAUCACGUCAGAAAUUAGUGUUACCGUUUCGAAAGACUUGGACUCGGCUGUGAUUAAUGAUCUCAAACCGUUCACCAUGUAUGUUAUUACCGUAACGGCCAAUAAUGACUUUGGUUCGAGUUUACCAAGUAUGCGAGUACGAGCUUUAACACUGGAUAGUGUAGUUGGACAACAAACAAAUGUUGCCGUUGUGCCUAUAUUGCCAGACGUUCGUGGAUGCUGUAUGAAACAGGGGAUGACACAUCGAACGUGCUUGGAUAGGAUGUGUGACCCGAAAAAAGCUGAUUUCACCGAAAUUCCCGAUCUAAUGGUAUGCGCUCCAUGGGCAAAUAUAACAUUUUCCUGUUUAGCCAACAAAGUCGAUCAUACGCCGUGCUGCGUCGAACGUGGUAUACCUUCAUCGUGUUUGGACUUUUGUGCGGGUAACAUCACAACAAUUACGUUCAGUCUCUUUAAGUGCCUUCAAUAUAUGUCCGACUAUAGCAGUUGCUUGUUACAAGGAUAUGGUGUUUUGCCCGGACAACCAUCCCGAGUCAAAGCUCCGUUAGUCUCGUCACAUUUCGCAAUUUUGGAAUGGAAUCCACCGAAAGUCUUACCGGAUACAGUUACGGCCUAUCAUGUGUCUAUAAGGAAAUUGGGAAGUGGUGAUGAUUACGAGGUCAUUGAGAAGGAUCAUCCACCAUUGAUUAUGGAAGGUUUGGAUAGUGCAACGUAUUACGAAGCGUAUGUGGUGGCUGUCAAUGCUCAUGGAAAGGGAGACCCAUCGCCUAGACUAGUUUUCCGAACAAAACAUGACAUUGACGUAGAACCAUCAACUCCAUCGUACAACAUCACAACGUGCUGUCUAGCUGCUAGUCUAUUACCGCAAUGCAUGCCACUUUGUUCGUACGACAUCAAAAUGUCAGAUCUCCAGUCGUUGGGCCAAGUUUGUUCACCCCAAAUGGGAGCGCUGGCUAAAUGUGCAAGUGGUGGGCGGGAUCAUACGUCUUGUUGUAAUAGACGUGGUGUACCUGCUAAAUGUAUAUCAUUGUGUCGAGGUGUUUUACCCCAACCACCUGUUGACUGCUUAUCGUACGGAGGAAACAUUAUACAAUGCUUCGAAGAGGGAACCGAAAACAUUCCUGGUCCAGUCGAAGACCUUCACGUAACAUCCAAAACCGACACUAGCAUCUCACUGGAAUGGGUACCGGCCACACCAGAAACCAAUUCCUCCGAUUUGAAAAAUAUCGAUUAUCUGGUGCAGUACGGCAAAGUGGAUAACAUGACGAUGUACGAGACGAUAAUAAAAUUACCAAAUGAAAUCAAUACCACCGAGACUGAAAUUGAAUUAAAGAAUCUGGAGCGAAAUGCUAUCUAUCGAAUUAUGGUUGUUAGUCGCGGAGAGUUUGGUUCUUCAUUGCCAUCAUCGAUGCUAGUUAUUAACACAUCGACGAGCAACGCGAAUUAUUCCGCAUCAGAUGUUUACGCUGUACCGUCACCGCCGCAUUCGUUGCUGAUAUCGGACCACAGUGCUACGUGGGUAAGAGUGGCCUGGCAACCACCAGAAUUUUCACAUCCUCACGAAAUAAUUUCGUACAAAGUAUAUCAUAAGUCUACGUCGGCCGAUAAAUUCACUAUAACAGAGACAAGACUUUUAUGGACACGUCUAAGUAAUUUGAAACCGAACACCCAGCAUGUCAUUUAUGUGGUUGCAAUUGGCUCGAAAGGAUUAAGUUUACCAUCGGAAACGUUAGUAGCUUGGACCGAUCCGGCAUUACCCGCAUUCGUAGACCCACCAACUAUUCAUCCGGCUAAUAUUAUAGCUGAGGGAGGAAGUAUGACCAUUUUGUGUUUGGCUUUGGGAAAUCCUGCUCCCACAAUUUCAUUAUAUGUUGGCGGACAUCUGGUUAGACAAGACACUUCUCGACAUAUGGUUACAACCAUUCACAAUGUUACCACCGACAUGGAGCAUGUAUCAUGUUACGCAGACAAUGGUUAUGGAAUUCCCAUGCAAGCAUCGAAGAAGAUUCAAAUUAGUUUUGCUCCUCAAAUUCAGGCCUCUGGUAUUACAUUAGCUUUGUUGGGUGAUCGGGUCGACCUGAAGUGUACUGUGAAGGCUAAACCUGCGCCGAAGGUUAUUUUCUGGAGAGACCAUGAAGGUCGGGUACCGGUUAUUGUUGGAAAAAAUUACGAAAUGACAAUGGAAGCGAGCAGCACGGACAUAUCCACAUCGACGAUGACUUUGAGCAUUUUAAAACUAACGAACGAAUAUGUCGGCGACUAUUUCUGUCAUGCUGAAAAUCCAUUAGGCGCAGCAACGAGCGCUGUAUCGGUGCGAAUACGUCCAACACCAACAGCACAUAAUAUUUCUGAGUGUUGUAUCACACACAAUGUUUCUGCAGCCUGUAUGGACGCAUGCAGCUUCUACGUCGACAUUGAUUCGGUUAAGGAUCGACCGGAGUGUAUUUCCGAUUUCGAUAAAUUGAUGCGAUGUGCAGCUGAUGGAUCAGAUCAUCGUCAAUGUUGUGCUGCGGCUGAGGUACCAAGACAUUGUUUGAAUUGGUGUCGCGGCGAGCCCGUUGGAAUCAAGGGAUCAUGUGUUUUGGACCAUACAAAAACCAUUAUCGAUUGUUUCCAGACCAAUCGAGACCGUUUGCCCAGCUCGCCACUCAAUUUGGCCGUACAAGUUUUAUCGAACGACGAAGCGUUGAUUUCGUGGGAACCCCCCAUCAAGAAUCCGCAUAUGGUCGAAGGUUACAGAGUCUAUUUGCAUGAGGCCGAUCCAGUUACGGACGAAAUACGUAUGAAUCACAUCAAUGGCUUUGGAACGCAUCGAAUCGACACCAAAGAUUUGAACAUACGAAUUGGGGAAUUGAAACAGAACGUUGUUUAUGAACUGGUAGUCAAGGCAGGCAAUCAGUAUGGAUCAAGUGUGCUAACCGAUCCACUUAAAUUCACAAUGGGAGACCACAAAAUAACGUCUGCGUCAAAUUCAAGUGGAGUGGCUGGUACAGUGUGCGGUAUACUUGCUGGCAUCAUUGCUAUCGCAUUGGCAAUUGUGGCCAUAUUUUUCUACCAAAGAAGAAAGUUUCAAAAAUCAGCGAAUGGAGUUGCUUUUGAAAAUCCUAGUUAUUUAAGAGAGGUCAAUAUGGAACAUGUUCAAAUUUCGGCUGUAUCAGCCGAUAAUAGUAACGGAACAGAAUGGAGACAGGAGAGACUACAAACUCCCGCUGUCGAUCAGAGCUCUGUGGUGCCAAUGGCUACCGAAGUAAAUCCCUCAUUAUACGAAGAACUUAAGCUCGGCCACGAGGGUGUCGGAUUCAAAAGACUUGUGUCGUAGGUAAGAUGUAAAUAAAAGUUUAUUUAAACACAUAAAGACACCAAAACAUCACUCUCCUCAAAAUGGAAAAUUAUUUUUUAAAAAAAUAAAUCACGUCCCACGUCUGCAUCAUGAAAUGGUUCAGUUAAUUAUACGGUUAGAACGAUUUUUUUUCUUCUUUUAAAUAGCUCGAUAAAAGGACAAUAAUACAGUCCCUGUAUGUAAUGAUUCCGUUUUUUUUUUACUUUUAUUGUUUUUCAUAAUUUCUUUUUUGUAAUUGAAAAAGUGUAGAAUCAAAUUCUGAUGUCACGGGAUCUAGCGAUAAUAAUGUAAUUUUAAUAAAAUAAAUUAAACGAAAAGAAUGUGUACAUAAGA